AUGUGGUUCCUCUUGGGCUGUCUUGACCUCAUUGUGGAGAAGCUCAAGUUACACUCACUUUUAUUGUUCUUCCCCCUCUAUACUUCUCCGCUCUAUUUCUUUCUUAGAUGGUUUACCUCUUGUUUUGCCCUCCGUGUCGCCGUUGCUCCUGUUCUGUGCCACGUCUCCACCGCCGCGUCGCGUCGGCCUUGCCCACAGCGCGUGUCCACAACGCCGCUUCGGGCUGUGGAAGUGAGAACACUGACAGCGCUCAGGGGCCGCGGCAACACGAAGCGUCGGAGGAGGCCAACGAGGCAAAGAAAGAAAACAAAAAAAAACGAAAAAAAAUACGCGGGGGAACAACACGCCGCUGUGCAUCGGAGCAAACUUCAAUAA